AUCCUGUACCUGUGUUUCCCUACAGUGUUUUGGGUGGGACCCUGAACUGUAAGGCAUUCAGAUUGUGGCCUGCAGACGACCAGGGGGUUGUGGGAGAAGACUGAAGGGAAUAGUCCGUCAUCACACUGGACUGGAGGGAAUGCCUGAGAGAUGUGAAUCUAUGAGUUACUGCAGCGCUACUGCCGCCUCUCACAGGGAACCUAGGAAACCACCACCACCCAACCUGCUGCAGUCAGCCUGGAGGUAAGCGACCACACACAAACACACACUGGAGGUAAGCCUCACCUCGCCCCCCACUCACAAAUCACCACUCUACUUACCUACUGCACAGUUAAAGGGACAGCUCACCCAAAUUACAUACCUGGCUCCUUAUGUUAAAAGUAGUUUAUGGACAAGUAAGACUACAAUUCAUGCUUUGUUUGUAGGGCUGCACGAUUAAUCAAAUUCAUUGCGAUAUUGACAUGAGAAAAAAUCGAAUUUCUUUGACACCCCCCGUUAAUAGAAAAAAACUAGAUCUACGGUACCUCCAAUGAGAUGCGCUAGACUCAAUUAAUUCACUCUCUACAUGCACAGAUGAUGCUGACCAAUCACAAGUGGGCUCUCACUCUGCAUGGCAUGCACAUGCUGGCCAAUCACAAGCGUCCCCGCUUAGAGCGUGCAGUUAGAUGCUGGUGAGGAGAGAAAGGGCUUUACCAAAGACAGGUACAAUUAAAUAUAUUUAUAACUAACCCAAGAUAGUUCAUCUGUGGCGUUUACAGUGGGAGCAAAUUAAGCAUAGUGGGCAGAACAAGCAAGUAGGUGGGCAAAGCCAAGAACAAGCUAGCGAUAUCCUAUUGGCACGUUGUAGCAUGUAUUUCUGUUAGGGAACGCCUCUCCUCUGAAGUUUGCGUGUGCACAAACUCAAUUAGACUUUGCACUCUUUCUAAAUAACAAAAAAUAACUUUGGCAAAGCGUCAAGUUUAUAAAACUUUGUGCACUGUGUAACAGAUUCUAGUUUUGGGAACAAACCUUUUUUGAGAAUUAGCAGAAUGAUGGCCCAGUUUCACCUAGUUCCAUCAUCUCCAACUACCUGCGACUGGACUUCCUCUCACUACCAUAUUUGGUGGUAAGAAAACGUUCUAAAUGGAUGCUUCAGCUUGAUAGCCCCGUGUCUGAGUUUUCCCUUCUGUCUGUGGUACAGUAUGAGAUUAAAAUAAAUCUGUCUUUACCUCAGUGUAUCAUCAGAAACAUGAGUGCUAACGAGAACUUCGAUUUGGUGCCAAAGAAGGGCGCGUCUUCAGUGGUAUGGCAGUAUUUCUGCUACAGGCAAACCGAUGUCAACCAAAUGCAAGUGUUGUACAAAAAGUUCCUCGAGUUGUGGUGACAACGAGGCAAUACGACAAAUGUAUUCAAUCAUUUAAAAUAGAACCAUCCCCUACUUUACCACGAUUGCAUGGUAAAAAAGCGCCCGAUAGCAGCAAAGGCCAUCAGCCACAACCAGCCACCUACGUUAAACAAGCAUUGAUUGCCAAUGCAUUUUGAAGUGUUAACACCUUACGAAAAAACAUCCCGUAGACACAUAGAAAUAACUGAGCCUAUCAAAUAGCCAAAGACAUGGUUCCUAUUGACACAGUCAGAAAAGACGGCUUCAAGAAGAUGAUAAACAAGCUGGGCAGGAGAUGCAAGAUUCCACCUCGCACAUAUUUCUCCCAAGUUGCCAUUCCAACACUAUAACAAAAUUUAAGGGAAAAGUUUAAACAUGUCGCGUUGAAUGACUGGACCAGACUCCAAUGUUUUGGACACAGGCUGCACCUUGCAUUCGGUAGACUACAUGUUACAAGUUUUUAAGGCACUUUGACUUUUAUAAUUAAAAUUAUAAUAAUUAUUGAGCUUAUUUAUACAUAAUUACACAGUCAUAAGCUUCCUAUUCCAUCUGCAGCCUAUGGGUGCCUGAAUAAAUAAUUAUCUUAGGUUAUUUAAGAACUCAUAAUGGUAAAAUAGAAAUCAGAAGUCAUGUUAUUCAUCAAUUAAGUGUUGGACUAUAUUUUGAUAAUGUUAAAAAUGUAUUUGUUAAUAUGCAGGGGUGUACCCACCAUAUUUUUUUUUUUUAAUGUAAAUGUAGCAGUGUAAUAAUCUUAUCUGUAGUCGCUCUGGAUAAGAGCGUCUGCUAAAUGACGUAAAUGUAAAUAACAAUGUUGGAAAAUAUUUGUGUCAUUUGGUUUUGUAUUCAGUUAGCACAGUAUGUAUUCAUUCAUAUGAUCUCAUUAUAAAAGUGAUGUUCUCUACCCUGACACUUCUUUUAACCAAGUCUGAUGGAAUUGCCAAGUUGUCACGCAAGUUUUAGAAAAAUCGCAAUUCAUAAUCGCAAUUGCAAUAUCUGGAAAUGAGAUAUUUGGUCCAAAUCGUACAGCUUUAUUUGUUUGGGGUUUGUUUACCUAGCCAGAUAAAAGUAUAUUGUGUUUACCUCGUCUGUAAUUAACUGCCCAUUUGUUUAUGACAUAUAGGCCCGUGCCGUGCUUCAGGCUGCCUCAGCCCAAGUUGCUGUAGCCCAACCAACCAGACCUGGAGUUAAAUAUUUUUUAUAAUAAUCUGUGCAUGAUUGAGUUUGCCUGGCUUAAUGGAUCCAUAGCGUAGUCCCAAAACUGCAAACCCUGCCCAUACUGGUACUCCAGGCAGGCUAGAGCAAAUGCUCAAAAGUAUUUGAUCGAUUUCAAAUAGUAUUUGAACCCAGGUCUGAGGCCCACUAGCCCCCUGCCUCAGGAAGAACAUGAUGUGAUGUUACACCAUAAUUGCAGCAGGCAGGCAGAGCCUCAGACUCUGAUUUCUCGGUUUCGUCCCAAAUGGACCCUAUUCCUUAUAUAGGGCACUGCUUUUGACCAGAUCCCAUAGGUCUCUGGUCAAAAGUAGUGCACAACAUAGGGAAUAGGGUGCCAUUUGGGACACAGCCCCUCAUGUGACUUCAUUCUUUUGACUUUUGAAGUUGGCUCAGUUCCCUGGCAGCGCCCUAUGCAGAAGAAGUCAUGGACUCUUGAAAGAGAGAGAAAGGGAAAAAGGUUGUUAAAUUGAAGCUGCUCUCUUUCGCUGAGUUCAGGCAUGAGCUCACCCCAUCAGAGCCCAUGACUCACCCCCCAGUCUACCCAGGGCCAGCUCUGUUGUGCUUUUCACUUCAGACCGUUUGUUUUCUUUUUAGGUAACGCUAAGUUGUACUUUUCCCUCAAAUUGCCAUUAGGCUGAUGUGUGUUUUGGCACAGUCCAAGGCAUUGAGAAAAGGCUGAGGAGGGUAGAGUUGGUGUAGGGGGUGUCCCCCAAAUGGCACCUAUUCCCUAUGUAGUGCAUUCAUUUUGACCAGACCCCAUUUGGGACGCAGCCUCAGUGUAGGGUCUGAGCGCUGCUGGGAAGGGGUAGUGUAGGGUCUGAGCGCUGCUGGGAAGGGGUAGUGUAGGGUCUGAGCGCUGCUGGGAAGGGGUAGUGUAGGGUCUGGGCGCUGCUGGGAAGGGGUAGUGUAGGGUCUGAGCGCUGCUGGGAAGGGGAAGUGUAGGGUCUGAGCGCUGCUGGGAAGGGGUAGUGUAGGGUCUGAGCGCUGCUGGGAAGGGGUAGUGUAGGGUCUGAGCGCUGCUGGGAAGGGGUAGUGUAGGGUCUGAGCGCUGCUGGGAAGGGGUAGUGUAGGGUCUGAGCGCUGCUGGGAAGGGGAAGUGUAGGGUCUGAGCGCUGCUGGGAAGGGGUAGUGUAGGGUCUGAGCGCUGCUGGGAAGGGGUAGUGUAGGGUCUGAGCGCUGCUGGGAAGGGGUAGUGUAGGGUCUGAGCGCUGCUGGGAAGGGGUAGUGUAGGGUCUGAGCGCUGCUGGGAAGGGGUAGUGUAGGGUCUGAGCGCUGCUGGGAAGGGGUAGUGUAGGGUCUGAGCACUGCUGGGAAGGGGAAGUGUCUCUUCUGGCCUGGUUGUGUAAAAAUGUCUUACAGUGAAACUUGGCGAGCCAGACCAGGGGCCUGUUUAGGAGGGUGCAACUAAAACAUUACAAAACAUUCACAUGGAAAUAUAUAGUGUAUAACAACAUAAUUCUGUCAUCUAGAAUAGGGAGUCAUUUCAGCAUCUCUUCGUUACAUUUCUAUCUGCAACGUUUCACCUCACUGAAUAAUACACUCCUGAGUUGGCUCCUCUCCAGGCAUACACUCCAUGUUUGCCAUGACAAUGAGUGACAAGGAGUUGGCAUGACAAUGGCACAGACAGACUGUUGCUCAGGCUAAGGGACAUGGUGAAUUAGUCUAUAUGUUCCUCAGUAACCCAGAUAAACCAAUCCCUGGCUUGAAAGCAGAGCCUCCUGCCUGCUUAAGUGCUGCCAAGACAGUGUUGUCAUUGAAACCAGGAAGUGAAAGUUGGAGUAUUGUGCCAGGAAGUAGUGCAAGUCUUCGUGUAGUUGUUCCCAUGGAGAUAUAAUAUCAGCCAUGUUGUUGACGUUUGUGCCACUCUUAACUUGUUCUUGUUGCUGUGACUGCCCCUCAGUACACACACGACCACGACGGAGGCAGGCAAUGUGAUACUGACGUGACAUAAAUUCCUUCUGUCGGUUUCCAUAGAGCAGUGAGAACCCUGGGACUGGUGAGAGAGAAGAAAGGAGAGGAGAGUGACGGGGGCUACUGCAGGCCUUUCAAGGACACACAACAACAGGCUGCAAUUUUUCCUUCCUUGGCACACCACUUGACACACUCACCAGCUAGCCAAUGAGUAGAUGAAGCCACCCCAACCCCACCCAUAGAAAGCAGUGUGCAUCCCAAAUGACAGCCGAUUCCCUAUAUACCUUAUGGGCUUUGGUCGAGCUUAGCGCACUAUAUAGGGAGCCAUUUUGAGAAGCAGCCAGUGCCUUUGCUGUCCCCUUGUCGCCCUCUAACACCUCCCCCCACCCCUGCAUGCCAUCCCUGAUUUGGUCACGUGAGGUGUCCCACCUCCCCUCCCUUCUGUCCCCCAUUAUCAGAGUUCCAGGGCUGCAGUGAAGAAUGCCUUAUAUGCACUUGUGCCUGUAAGGCUGUGAAGGCUAGGGCCUGCCUGCCGUCUGUCCUGUCCCACUGCGGCUGCUUGAAGUCAUGUCCUGUGUGUGUGUCUGACGGAGAGAGAGAGACAGUGUGUGUUUGUUUGUUAGGGGUGUGUCAGGGGCUAGGUCAGCUGAGAGGGCUUGUUUAAGAGCCCAGCUGUGUCUUGACUUCAGAGGCUCUGCACCAAUUGGCAGGCUGGGCUGGGGGAACAGCAGAGGGAGGCUGGGCUGGGGGAACAGCAGCCCUUGUGUUGAGGUUUAAUGUGACACGCCUUUCCAUCCCCAAGAAACCACAUGCGUCCCAAAUAGCACCCUAGUCCCUUUUUAAUGCACUACUUUUGACCAGGGCCUAUAGGGCUCUGGUCAAAAGUAGUGCACUAUGUAGGGAAUAGGAUGCCAUUUGUGACUAAGACUGUCUGCAGUGUGAACAAAUAGGGUCACCUGGUUCUGAGCCACCCAUUCCAAGGCAUGGAGCUCUGCUCCCUCUCCCUGCCUGCCUGUCUGAUCACUGGGAUUAAAGAUCUCUUAGAUAAGCUUAGGAAGCAGGCUGCAUUAAAGGAAUAAUCCACCCAAAACCACCCAAUCCAAUAAUUUACAAAAUAACAAAAAAAUGUGUUAAAAAAAGUAUAAUUUUGUCAUAAUGAUAAGGUUGGUAGUAACAUGAAAAUCGUUGUGGAAAUCUGUUGCAGCUCAGGUAGACUACAAAACUUGCAAUGCUCUCUAUGGGCUAGCUAGCUACACACAAUAAUACCAAAGUUAAUAUCAGCAUGCUAGUUAGCCGUAAAAUCAUCUAAACAAACUGCACUCUCAAUUUAGGAGUCUACAAUCUCACCAUGUUCAACCUGCAGAUCUAUGUGCCUCACAGUGGAGUCUGACAUUCAAGAGAAGACAACCUCCCAUGUUAUGACAUCAGCCAGUAUUGAAAUCUGACAUAUAUAAUAGACGUUUUCGCAAUCUAAAAGUCAUAUUCCUAUUAACUUCUAGUGUAGUGAGAGCAUGGCUUUAUCACAAUGCUACAUCAUACCAGCCAAAUUUCUGCCUGCUUGAACGGCAAUAGCUCAGAUGCACAUGAAAGGACCCAGGGAAUCGGUAGAACAUCGCUCAGAGAUGCACAAAAACAAUAUAACAUUUUUAAAUUGGUGAAUCUUUACUUUAACAACCUCUGAUAAUGCAUACGUGACACAAUCUUACGCCAAUAUAAAGUAGGCUAGCUAGUCUCCUCUCCUGGUCUCCUCUCCUCCUGGCCUCCUCUCCUUCUGCGUCUCCAUGCCAAGUGCAAAAACCUGCUCUUCAGUUUCCUCGGAUUGUGUCGCGAAUAGAACCCUAUACACUACAUAGUGCGCCAUUUGGGACGCACAUCUGUCUCCUCUCCAAGGGAACUCAAUUGGACGACUUUUGAUCCUGGACAUUUCUCUGCAGCUGACCUGAGGCCCAGCAGUCAGUGCCUAGAUAGAGGGUCAUAGUUGUCCUAACGGAUUUUGUUGAUAAUACAUCUGGUGUCAGAUACAAAUAUAAUCACUAGAGCUGACUUAAUUAGCUAUUCUGCCUUCUAUGAAUAUUCACUAACAUUGCAUCCUCCUGAACAGGCCCCUGGUCAGACGGUCACAUCACAUGCACCACAAUAACUCAUUAAUUUCCUUUCUUCUGUUCCAGGGUUGCAGCCAUGCAUCUCAAGCAAUACCCCAAACUGCAGAAGAAAGAGCUCCACCUGGAGUCCAGUCAAGACAGCCAGAGAGGCCUUCAUCAUGUGAGCCAGCAGGGUGUUCUGUCGCAGAGGACAGUGGGGGGGGUCCGCCGGGUGGGCCCGUCUAGCAGCGGGCUUGGCCAGGGUACGGCCUGCUACCCCCUCAGUGUCAUAUCCACCAACACCCUGCAGUGCUGCAGUAACGACAACAGCGGCUCCAACCACCACAACAACAGUAAUAAUAUCCACGUCAACCGUGGUAGUGGCUGUGGGCUGCAGACCUCGAGGCUGAGUGAGUCCGAAGGGGAUGUAUUCCACAGUAGCGCCUCCAAGACCACCACCUGCAACACCCCCUCCUCCCUGCUACUCCUCUCCACCUCCUCCUGCACCACCACCUCUACAGGCUCGGUGGGCUCUGAGGACCAGGAGGCCUCCCUCAGCCUCUCCUAUGAAGGGGAGGACAGAGAGGGACCGCUGGAAAUCUGGGCCGUCAUCAAGCCCGGCAACACCAAGGAGAAGAUCGCAAUCUUCGCUUCGCCCCAGUGCCGUGGCAGCCUGGUGAACGGUGGCGGUGGAGAGCCGGUCAGGGAGGCCGGUGAGGACUUUGUGAGCAGCAGCCUGGGGAGGACAGUGUCUGUGAAGAUGAAGAGCUGCUGGGAGGACGAGGGUGGCUCUGUGGCCAAGCGCAGGAGGAGGUCAGGGCAUCAGGGGCAACACAAGGACCGAGACAGACAGUCAUCCAGAGCCCUGGAGACACAGAGCCCACUGAGCCCCACUGAGAACAGCCCUGUAGAGGUGACCAUCUGCCUCAGAGAGAGCCCCAGAGUGCCUGAGUGUGGGGAGAUGGUUGUAAGGGUGGGUGGGGAGCAGGUGUGUAGGGUAGAGGGCGAGGAGGGGAGUGAGACUGGGACGGGCAAGGCUCUCUCUGUGGUGGAGUUGGUGGCCUUCUUGGAGCAGAGAGCUAGCGACAAGCAAGUGGACUCUAAGCCUGUGUCUCUGCGGAGCUCCACUAGCAUUACCUUAUCCAGGGGGCUGUCACUGACCCAAGAGCCCCAGCAACCCAGAGCCCCCGACCAGAGCCCCCAGGGGACAGGUGAGGAAGCAGAGUGUGUAAAGGUGUCAGACAUGGUGGCCAAGCUGGAGUCAGAGUGCCUGAAGCACCAGAAUGUUACAAGGGAAGGGUCCAGAUCUGGGGGAGAGCUCUCGCGCAAUAACAGCCUCUCGCGCAACAACAGCCUCUCGCGCAACAACAGCCUGCGGAGGAGGGUGGGCCGGGUUCUACUGGCAGGAGCAGACGCCUUCUCCAUCUCAGCCCAGCCUCCUCCACCUCAGUCUCCCACCGAGCCCCACCAUGGACUAGAGGAGACGACCAGGGUGCAGCACCGCCACGCUAGUCCCUCUACUGGCUAUCCCUCUGCUGGCACCAGCCACACGGACAAACUAGUUCCCAGCAGCUGCCGUGAAGCUGCCCAGUUGGCUUCUAGCACCUCUGACUCAGCCUCUCCGUCUCACAGCGUGGACUCCGGGUGUGGCGCCUCCGUCGUCAGAGAGCCGGAGGAGAGCUGUGAGGCCCAGGGCCUGGGGCAGGGGCAGCAGAAGAACAGGGCUGUAGAGGCUGGGCAGGACCUGCACUUCCAGCUCCAGUCAGAGCAGGCCAGGGCCAGCAGGACAGACAGUAGUUGUAAACUACAGUGUAAGGAGCCCCUCCCAGGCAUGCUGUUCUUCUCACACCCUCUGCCCUCACAGGCGGUGCUUGAACACACACUGCCACACACAGACAAUACCCACACCCCCACCCCCCAGGACAUGGAGUCCAGCCCUAAACCCACAAGAGACUCAGCGGAACCCUCCAAGACUCAGCCCUGCGACCCCGCUAUCACCUCCCUCCUUUCUGAACCCAUAUCUCACAGUGAGAACUGGGCUGAGGAGGAAGAGGCGGUGAGUGAGGGAGAGGGGAGUGCUGUUAGCCGGUGUGAGACUGUGCCUUUCCCCCUGCGCCGCAUGGUGUCUCACGAGUUCCUGGAGAUGCGCUUUAAGAUCCAGCUGCUCCUGGAACCCCAGCAGUACAUGGCCUUCCUGCCUCACCACAUCAUCAUCAAAAUCUUCUGCCUGCUGCCCACGGAGAGCCUGGCCGUGCUCAAGUGCACCUGCCACUAUUUCAAGUUCAUCAUCGAGAGCUACGGCGUUCGACCCGCGGACUCCCGCUGGGUGUGCGACCCCCGCUACAAAGACGAUCCCUGCAAGCAGUGUAAAAAGCGGUACGGGCGUGGAGACGUGUCCCUCUGCCGCUGGCACCACAAGCCCUACUGCCAGGCGCUGCCCUACGGCCCCGGGUACUGGAUGUGUUGCCACGGCUCCCACAAAGACACGCCCGGCUGCAAUGUCGGUCUCCAUGACAACCGCUGGGUGCCCGCCUUCCAUAGUAUCAACAUGCCAAUCUAUAAGAAACCUAGGGAGGUCUCUGAGGAGUAG